GCAAGAGCGAAAGAGAGGGAGGAGAAAUGGGAAGUGUGAGUUCCUCUGUAAGUGUUCUUUUUUUCUCGCAUCACAUACGACAUACAUUUUCUAUUGAAGAAGCAGGGUAAAGCUUCACGACACCACUUUUCAACUUGAACUCCGCUACUUGAUGCCUGGGUUAAUCACGGUGUGAACCAUGGGUGACAGCAUUUUGGAAGACAUUUUCAUCAAGCGUUCACAACAGAGGAGGAAAACAUCGCCGCUGAACUACAAGGAAAGAUGGUUCAUCCUUACGCGGGACAAACUCUCCUACUACGACUACGACGCCGACAAAGGGAAACGGAAAGGCCUGAAGGGCUCGGUGGACCUGGAGAAGAUCAAGUGUGUAGAAACGGUACAGACGGAGCCCAACAGCCCGCAGGAGCGCAUGUAUGCAUUCCAGGUCAUUUACGAUGAGGGGCCACUGUACAUCUUCGCAAAGACAGAGGAAGUUCGGGCUCAGUGGAUAAAGAAGCUGAAAGAAUUGGUGCAGAGCAACAAGGACUUGAUGCAAAAGUAUCACCCGUGCUUUUGGAUCGAUGGUAUGUGGCUGUGCUGCCAGCAGGAAGUUAAGCAGGCGAUGGGAUGCAAAGUUCUGGAUAGCAAGAAUGGCUUUAUGUGUCGGAGGGGAACCCGCAAACCUCUGCCCCCAACUCCUUCAGAGGACAAGCCUGUCCGACGGUUACCUCCGCAACUACCAGAGGCCAAAGAGCCCUGUUCGGGGAUGAGGGUCAUAGCUCAGUACAACCACCCAGCCAUGAUGCCCCAUGACCUGGAACUGAAGAAGGACGAGGAGUACACCAUCCUGGACAUGUCUGACCCCAACUGGUGGCAAGCCAGAGACAAAUACGGAAAUGAGGGUUACAUACCCAGUAACUAUGUGGUGGAAGCUGGACACGGCUUAGACAGAUAUGAUUGGUACUGCAAGAAUACAAACCGCAGCCAGGCAGAGAAGCUACUGAAGACUGAGAACAAAGAUGGGGGCUUCCUCGUGCGAGACUCCAGCAAGCCAGGGAAGUACACAGUGUCUCUGUUCAGUAAAGGAGGCGGAGAGGCUGGUGGCAGCUGCAAACAUUACAACAUCUGCACCACCACACAGGGACAAUUCUACUUAGCCGUGACGCACAACUUCAAUACUAUCCCGGCGCUCAUCAACUACCAUCAGCACAAUGCCGCAGGCAUGUUUUGCAGGCUGAAAUAUAUUGUGUCCGACCGGGCACCGCCUCCAUCCACAGCAGGUCUUGGCUAUGGCAUGUGGGAGAUUGACCCCUCCUGCCUUACUUUCAUUCGGGUCCUGGGUACUGGUCAGUUUGGCGUGGUGCAGUACGGAAAAUGGAAGGGUCAGUACGAUGUGGCCAUCAAGAUGAUUAAAGCCGGAGCCAUGUCAGAGGAAGACUUCAUAGAGGAAGCCAAAGUCAUGAUGAUGCUCCACCACGAGAAUCUGGUGCAACUAUACGGCGUGUGCACCAAGCAGAGCAGCAUCUACAUUGUCACAGAGUACCUCUCCAACGGCUGCCUACUCACCUACCUCAGGGAGGGCCUCAGGCAGCAACCCACCUCCGUGCAGCUCCUGGAGAUGUGCAAGGAUGUGUCUGAGGGAAUGGCUUACCUAGAGUCCAAGCAGUACAUUCACAGGGAUCUGGCUGCCAGGAACUGCUUGGUGGAUGGGAACGGAACAGUCAAAGUGGCAGACUUUGGCUUGUCAAGGUACGUUCUAGAUGACGAGUACACAAGCUCUGCGGGUUCCAAAUUCCCCGUCCGUUGGUCGCCUCCCGAAGUUCUCCUCUAUUGCAGAUUCAGCAGCAAGUCAGACAUUUGGGCUUACGGGGUGCUGAUGUGGGAGGUGUACACUUUAGGGAGGCUCCCCUACGACCGUUUGAACAACAAUGAAAUAGUGUCUCAAGUGUCCGGAGGCCUCCGACUGUACCGUCCUCAGAUGGCAUGCGAGAAGGUCUAUAGUAUCAUGUCGUCGUGCUGGGUCGAUAGGGCUGACGAGAGACCCACGUUCCAGGAGCUGGUGUUCAUUGUCCAGGAUUUGCUGUAUGAACUCCAGUAGAUUACAACAACAGCAGACCAGAAUAUGAACUUUAAAAUGUCUAGGAUUUUGUGCUUUUGUCUUCAUAAAAAUAAAUGAAUGUUAAAGUGUAACAGUGCUUUUGAAUGCAUAUCUAAUUGCGCGAAUAAAAACGAUCUUCAACUUUUUAAUAAA